AUGUCACAGCGAUCACCAAUUGUUAUCAAAAUUCUUGACGAGACUCGAGACCUCAUUCGCAACUUGAUGUAACUCGAAACCUCUCCCUCCUUCCCCCACAAAAACUUUUUUGCAGGCAAGUUCCGAAAGAUUUCGAGAUUCUUUUUAUGCAAGGCGGGGCAACAGCACAAUUUUCAGCGAUUCCGAUGAAUCUAAAAUCCAGCAAAAGCCACGCAGAUUAUUUCAUAACUGGAAGAUGGUCGCAGAAAGCAGCAGAGGAGGCUGAAAAAUAUCUGACAGUUCACAAAGUCUUUGAGCCCUCUCCAGAUUUCUCGAAAAUUCCUGAAGAAUCCCUUUGGAGUUUCACAAUCAGCGAAAAUUCAGCCUAUACCUAUUAUUGCGCAAAUGAAACUGUGCAUGGUGUCGAAUUUUUGGCGCCCAAAUCGAAAUCACUUUUGGUGGCUGAUGUUUCCUCCUGUUUUCUAGCAAAGCCAUUUGAUUUCAAAAAUCACGCUCUACAGUGCGUUUCAUAA